AUGCAAGAACCGGGGUUGGGAAUGGGAAUGGGAAUGAUAAGCGGAGAAAUGUCAUUGUCAGGAGGCGGCGACCACCACCACCAUCACCGUCAAGUGAAGGCAGAGAUAGCCACUCACCCUCUUUAUGACCAGCUUCUCGCUGCACACGUGUCCUGCCUCCGCGUCGCCACUCCCAUUGACCACUUGCCACUCAUCGACGCUCAGUUAUCUCAAUCCCAACAUCUCCUACGCUCUUAUGCCUCUCACCAUUCCCUUUCCCUCUCACCCCAUGACCGACAAGAACUUGACAACUUCAUGUCACAGUAUUUGAUUGUGUUGUGUACGUUCAAAGAGCAGCUUCAGCAACAUGUCAGAGUGCACGCCGUGGAGGCUGUCAUGGCCUGCCGUGAUAUUGAAAGUACCUUGCAAGCUCUAACCGGUGUCAGUUUGGGAGAAGGAACAGGUGCAACAAUGUCAGAUGAUGAAGAUGAGAUGCAAAUGGAUGUGUCUUUAGACCAGUCUAGCGCUGAAGGGCAUGACAUGAUGGGAUUCGGUCCCUUACUUCCUACAGAAUCUGAAAGGUCACUGAUGGAAAGAGUUCGUCAGGAACUUAAGAUUGAGCUCAAGCAGGGUUUUAAGUCAAGAAUUGAAGAUGUUAGGGAGGAAAUAUUAAGGAAACGAAGGGCUGGGAAAUUACCAGGUGACACAACAUCGGUUUUGAAGGCCUGGUGGCAGCAACAUGCCAAGUGGCCCUACCCAACUGAAGAUGACAAGGCAAAACUUGUGGAGGAGACAGGAUUGCAGCUGAAGCAAAUCAAUAAUUGGUUCAUCAACCAAAGGAAACGCAACUGGCACAGCAACUCUCAAUCGGUUACUUCUCUGAAGUCCAAGCGCAAGAGAGAGUAUUCCCACUAAGGAUUCCAGUCUGGUGCUGAGAUAUAGGUGACGCUAUAACCUAUGAUGGGUUUAAAAAAAAUGCUGC